CAGCUUACAGGAUGACAUCAACUCGGUAAUUGAAGAGUAGUGUGAGCCCGCUAGCUGGGCAACGACAUUGAAAUGAAAGCAUUUUCGUUACGCGACAUCCGAUGUUUUAACGUAGCUAUUCUUCUUUAAACGUACAAAUGGAUAAUAUUGAAAAAAAAGUAUCUUAAAAGUUUAGAGUCGAGUAAUUGUUCACCCGUAAUUGCAAUCCCCCGGAGUGAAAUAAUGGUCACGUCUGUGUUUUGGAACUAAUCAUUUUUCACGCAAGGGCAUUUUAAGUUUUAAUUAUAGUGUACCUGUUAAAUUGAAACGAAUUGCGCUGGAUUCUACACAAUUAAUUAGGAAACUAUGUAAAUAUGACAACGAAGUCUUACUACCGUAUUAUAAGUAACUAAUGAUUUAUUUCAGUCACCCCCACCUCAGCGAUAGACUCAACCUGUCACUUCCUUGUUUUUCAAAAGUUUUAUUUUGAGAACUUAGCACCAUAUUUUACAUGUAUCUUGUUUAAUUUUCGUUUUAAACUCGGGUCAUCAGCCUUUUUUGUAUGGUUUUAUAUUUCAUAUAUGCACUAUAACUUACAGGUUUGAGAUACAACGUUGUUUCAUGCCAGUGCGGUGGUGAACUAGCUAGCUGGCUAGUUGCUCAGUUGAACGAGGGAGAAUGUGUUCCGCCGCCAACGAAGAUUUCAGGGUUAAGUUUCCUCUGCAUUCUUUGGUCUGGGACAAUGAUUAUAGGAAAUUGGAAAAGGAGUUGAAAACGAACGACAUAGAGGCGGUUGAUCCCAGAGGACGGACACCACUCCAUCUGGCUGUGUCACUGGGACAUCUUGAGUCAGUGGAAGUCCUGUUGAGACACAAUGCCGAAGUAACCAAAGAGAAUGCCAAGGGAUGGACAGCGCUCCAGGAGGCUGUCAGCACUGGGGACCCGGACAUGGUGCAGCAGGUACUGCAGCGACGGGACUACCUCAAAGCUUCCACAGCCCUGGGAGGGGUGCCUGAGCUACUGUGCAAAAUUCGUGAGUCUCCAGAUUUUUAUAUGGAAAUGAAGUGGGAGUUCACAAGCUGGAUCCCCUUGGUGUCGCGGAUGUGCCCUAGUGAUCUGUGCCGAAUCUGGAAGAGUGGUGCCAACAUUCGUGUAGAUGCCACACUGCUACACUUCGACAACAUGACUUGGAGCAGAGGCCGAAGGAGCUACAUCUUCAGGGGAGAUGAUACCUGUACAGAACUGAUGGAGGUGAACCAUGAUGAGGAGCUAGUGAAUACUGAGCGAUUCGACAUCUCCAGGGAGAUGGAGGACGUGACACUGGACUCCAUGCAGCCAGCUGAGGAGGAAGUAGCAAAGCGGCUGACCACGCCAAUUGUCAACACCUACCUGGACACCCAAAACAUUGCCUUUGAGAGAAAUAAGUCUGGGAUUUGGGGCUGGAGGACAGAAAAAACUGAGGUUGUUAAUGGAUUUGAAGCAAAGGUUUUCACUGUGAACAAUGUCAAUGUUGUUAUCCGCACAAGGACGGAGCACCUCACUGACGAGGAGAAGGCCAGGAUAAAAGAUGAACGGAAUGUUCUGGAAUCACUCCUUGGAACAGUAGAACAGCACUUCAGCGCCCAAGGGGACCUCACCAUGGAGUACGCCACUGCCACUAACCCCACUGCCAUCAUGCCUGAGGAGUACUUCAACCCAGAGUUUGACCUGAAGGACCGAGACAUUGGCCGGCCCAUUGAGCUCACAAUCCGAACCCAAAAGUUCAAGGCCACCCUGUGGAUGAGUGAAGACCACCCACUCUCUUUGGUGGAGCAGGUGACACCCAUCAUUGACCUGAUGGCACGGACCAGCACCCACUUCGCCCGGCUGCGGGACUUCAUCACACUCAAGUUCCCCCCAGGAUUCCCGGUCAAGAUAGAGAUCCCCCUGUUCCACGUGCUGAAUGCCCGGAUCACGUUUGGGAAUGUUAACAAGUGCAGGACAGAAGAGAACCCAGACAGUACCCCAUCGACUGCCACAGCAACACCCACAGAAGAGAGCAGAGAGGCCUCAGCCCUUGCCCCGUUCCAGGUGUGCCCCUCAGUAUUUGAAGUGCCCGCAAACUACCGCCACCGGGGGGGCAGCAGGACAACACCUGUGUCAAACCAUGAUGAGGAGCUGCUGCAGUAUGCCAUCCACCAGAGUUUGCUGGAGUCCAGUGGAGGCGCAGGCCAGGAGUUGAUUCAGCCUCACAGUAAUGGGAUGCUCAGCCAGUCCAUGUUCAACAGUCCAGCUGGCAGGGCCAUCCCAGAGGGGGCGCUGGUAGACCUUGGAAACACAGUUAGCUCGGCUAGCACAGGAUCUAGCAGCAGCCCGGACGUAGACCUCCAGCUUGCCAUGGCACUGUCUGCCCAGGCACAGGAGGAGGAGGAGAAGCGGCGGCAGGAGGAAGAAGAGGAGUUUGAGCGGAUAUUAAAGCUCUCGCUCACCGAGAAGUAAUGGGGAGGGGUAAAAAAAAAGGGAGUGAGUCAACUUUUGCCAUAACUGCAUUAACUUUGUAACUCCAGCAGUGGCCAUCCCCACCUGCUACAACAGCCCAUAAACCUGCAUCAGUCUAACAUGUAGCAGGUGGACCCAUCCACAAGAAGCAACUUUUGUUAACGUGUGAGACGCAUUGAUUUCCUACUGUUUUAUACGCAUACACACACAUAAAUAUAUAUUUGUAUCCCUUCAUAAUUUUAUAGACACUUUCUUAAGCAAUGUUUCUGACAAAUUCUGCGCACAUCGGGCAGGAUUUCAACACUACUUAUAGAGGAGGGGGUUUGGAUGGCAUGAGGCCUGUGGACUGCAAUGUUUCUGGCAACAUUAAGAAGUUAGGCGGGGAGAGUGAGUGGCAAGGAGAGGUGUUGCAGCUGGUACAUUUGAUCUCAUGGAGUAUGGAUUGUUGGCAUUUUGGUCAGAGCCAGUGAGAGUAGUGGGUAGGGUAGCAGGAGUUUUUUUAGAAGCUUUAGGGUUUCAACAAAAAAGAUUUCUCAGGGUUUCAUACUUCUUUUGUCCUUUGAAAAUGUAGUAAAAGUAUGGCAGACAUGUUAAGAGACUAAAUGUGUAUUAUCUUGGACAGGACAGUGGCAAAUAAUAAAAUGUGCCAUGGUGUAGCACAUUUUCAAACCUCGUUUAUGCAGAGGAUGUUGAACCAUUCAUUUUUUUUUCCACAUCCAGGUCACUAAGAGGUCAGUGAGCUUACCAUGUGUGGAGACACCAAGCAUUACCAUCAGCAAACAAGUAAUCCUACUAUUAAGCAAUAGCAAUGCCAGUGUGCCUGCUCAUGGAUAUAUGGUUCAGAACUGGCCACACAUGAUAUCACUCCAGCAGGGUCAGGCCUGAGUCCAGAUUUCUCGCCUGAACCCUACAGAUCAGCAAAGGCCAUGUAUGUAGAGUUUUCUGUUUUAUAAAUGUUGAAAGUUGGCUCACAAACCAGUAAUGUGCCAGAGCUUUAAAGUAUUAAGAGAGCUGUUUCCACCCACUGCAGUUUCAUACCUGCAGUAGGUCAGGAUGUGAACAUUAGGGCAGUGAGUCACUCCAUGGUUGAACAUGGACACCACCUGAAUGUAGCAUAACCAUUCAUAGUGGCUGCUCUUCAUCUGUGGUGAGGGAUCUGUGAUGCUUCAGCUUUGACAGCUUUUUUUUCCCUUUUCCAGUGGUGUGCAAUGCGAUUUAAGACCAAAAUGAUCAAAUAUGGCAGGACAUUUAUGAUGUUUCAUUUUAGGCUCUGAUAAAGGGGAAUUAAAUAUUUUAUACUUGGAAAGUGUUGCUUUUAAAGAAUAAAUGAACUGAUGUAAUUAAUUACACUGGGACUCUACAGUACAUACAAAGUAUUUCUGGUUAAACACUUACUGAAUAAUUACUUAAUGUGGGGCUGGUACUCUAAACCACAGGGGUU